AUGGGAAAUGAAUGUAAAUGCUUACAAGCUUAGGAAGAACCAACUUAAAUAUUGAUCACAAGGAGUGAGAGAUCAAACGGCAUAAGGAAAUAAUUAAUUAGCGAAAGGAAACUUUUAAAUUAAAGAAGGCAUAAUACUGAAACAAUAUAUCAGUCAACCAAUAAUUGUUAUCAAAAAUCAUCAAAGUUUUCACACAGAAACGAAGCACCUUAAGGAUAAAAUUGUUACUUCUAAAGCAUUAAGUCUUAUAAAGAGUUUAAUUCACUUUAAACUCCUUAUCAAAAAUUUGAACUUAGUUAAUCGUUAUAACAAUAGAAUACAGAGAAGAAAAAGUCUGAUAGUAAUUUGCUCUAUGAUGGAGAUUGGUUAGGAGAGGUUAGAGAUGGUUUUGGCGAAUAAAUUUGGAAGGAUGGAGCACGGUAUAUCGGAGAAUGGAGAAACAAUUAAGCAAAUGGUUAUGGUAUAUUCUACCAUGUUGAUGGGGAUAUUUAUGAAGGUUUUUGGAGGGAUGAUAAAGCACAAGGAUAUGGAGUAUACAUGCAUAAAGAUGGAUCUAGAUAUGAAGGAGAUUGGGAUUAAGAUCUAUAUCAUGGAACUGGUUGUGAAACAUGGGUAGAUGGAAGCAAAUAUGAAGGACAGUACUCAAAAGGCUUGAAAAACGGUUAAGGAAUAUACAGAUGGGCUGAUGGCAGUAAAUAUGAUGGAUAAUGGGAGGAUAAUAAAAUGAAUGGUUUUGGCAAAUAUACAUGGGCUGAUGGGAGAUAUUAUGAGGGUUAUUGGAAAAAUGAUAUGAUGCAUGGAACUGGUACUCAAAUAUGGCCUGACGGAAGAAAAUAUGAAGGUAAUUAUGAAUUCGAUGAAAAACAUGGUUUUGGGGUAAUGGAAUGGAGCAACGGAAAAAAAUAUGAAGGCUAUUGGUUAAAUGGUAAACAGCAUGGAGAAGGUAAAUUAAUAAGUGCAAAUCAAGAACCAGUAGUAUACUAGUGGAGAAAUGGUUAAAGACUAUGA